AUGGCUGGAAAUUAUUACCGACUGCAUUCGAACGACUUUGGUCAUGCGAGGUCCCCCGAGCGCAUCAAGGAAACUGAAGAACGUACUAAAAACGCGGACAACCGGAGUUUCAGCCCUGUGCACUACAGCUAUUCUUUGAAGAAUUUAGAAAAAGCAGAUAGACAUUGGCUUCUGAAUACUGAAAGCGAACAUUGGAAAAAUGUUCUUGAUUGCUUAAUAGCAAUAAUUAAUUUCCUGGAAGAUAUUUCAAAAGUUGACCAGAUGACAGUUGUGGUACAUUUCGUCCAGGAGACAAGACUCGACAGAGUAUAUGAUGUCCGAAUUUGGGAGCAUUUCCUGGGAUUUCUUCCAGUGCCUGAUUCUUUACACUCCACUUUCAUGCAGGUUGUACUCAAGUUCUUGGAAGAUAAAAAAAUCCUAUUGUAUAAUAUGAGAGGGCAAGGAUAUGUCAAUGGAGCAAACAUGAAAGGAAAGAACUUUGACCUCCAGAAACGAAUUUCAGAUAUGAACAAGAGAUCAUUUUAUGUACCAUGUAAGAGUCACUCAUUGAAUCCUGAUGAUGUCUUGAAGAAGUAUCUGCCUAACGUGUUGCUGAAGCCACUGAGCGAUACAAGGUGGGAAAGUAGCAUCAAUGACCUUACUCCACCGAGGUUUAAGAUUGGAGACAUUUAUGAUGCACUGGUUCAGAUAUCAGCAAAAUUCAAUGUCAGUAAUACCCUCCAGACCACUGACAUAAAUGUUUUGGAGACCGUGGAAAUGCUUGAAAUACGAAAGCAUAAAAUGAGACCUGCAGAACAGAAGAAAAGAAGGGAUGAGACAAUAGAUGAACGAACAAAACGAAACAAGAUUGAAUUCUACUGUUAUCUUUUAGAUAUAGUAAUCACAUCUUUGGAAGAGAGAUUCAAUCGACUGAAAGCUGAUUGUGAUUAUUUUGAUUUUCUCUACGACAUUGAUGAGCUGAAGAAUGCACCUCCUGACAGCCUGGGCACAAAGUUUGAAUACUUUAUAUGUUCACAACCAUUGAAAAAUGUUUAUUUACUUUAA